AUGAGGUGGACAGCGAGGAUCGAAGGCUUGCUGUGGGCGUGGGUCUGCCUGGCGCGAUACCCGACAGGCGAGGCUACGGGAAGUUACUACCACUACAUCAGCAACAUCAACAACAUCCCCUCUGACGUCGAAGUUUACUCACGGAUCUCUCUGAUAAUAUGCAGCCUCCACUGCGACAUUCUACCCGAUUGCUGGAUGUUCCUGUACCGCGUGGAGACAAAGGACUGCCGCGUCUUCCCAAACGACACUAUUAGAGAGUUGGACACCAGCAUGGCCGGCGUGCAGUAUCGUCUGUACGCCCUACACCACACACGCCGCGUCCUGUACUUCUUCACCAGGAUGUACUACAAGGAGUCCUCCGAGACCUGCCAGGCGUACGGAGGAAGACUGUACACGCCGCGCACCCAGGAUGAAGUCAUGAUGCUUCAAAAACGCAGGAUGUUUGGGUUUGUAGGCCUGACGAAGUUUACUGGGCAUUGGGUGGACAGCGCGGGGCAGCUCUAUGAGGAACCGUCGUUGUGGCAUAGUCUCUACCCGACUGGUAACGGGAACUGCGCCAGGAUACAAGACGGCUACCUGAUAGACUGCAACUGCCGCAAGAAGGAAAGGAGAUUUGUGUGUGAUGUGUUGUAUGAGAGCUCAGAGGGAUCUUCAUUGGGCUGAGGGUUAUUUUUCUUGUGUUGUGACGUCGGUGUAUAAGCGUGUGUGUGUGUGUUCAGUUUAUUUAUUUCUUCGUUCCUCCU